AUGGCAGGGGCUUGGAGGGCACUGGUGCUGGUGGCAGGCUUGGCAGCAAUGGCCUGUGUGGCCCAGCGCAGUCUGAGCUAUGAAGAGAUAGUCACCCAGGCCCUGUGGUUCUUCAACCAGGGGCGACAAGGACAGCGACUCUUUGGCCUGCUGGAAGCCAUCCCACCACUGCCUAGCUUGAACUCCAACACCACGACCCCGCUCAACUUCAGGAUUAAAGAGACGGUGUGCCUUUUGCUCUGGCACCGCCGACAGCCCCGAGAACGUCCCUUCAGGCCGGGCGGGGAAGAGCGGAACUGCACGGGCAUCUUCUUCAUGCUGCAGCACAUCCUUCCGUCCCUCAACCAUCCCUCAACUGCCCUGGGGACCCGGACCACGAGCGUCCGCCGGGUGAGGCGUUCUGCUGGGUCCCCUGGAGUGGACACUCCAGGAACUGAGAGCUCCCAACUGCCACAUGCAGUCAGGGACCUGUACGAGAAAGCCAAGCACGACAUCAUCACCAACAUACUGAGGAAUUUCUAG